AUGUCUUAAAUCUUAAAGAAGGCAGCUAAAUAUCGAACUAUCUCUACAAUUCUUUAACAUGGAGAAGCUCAUCUUAGAGACUCUUACACAUUGCCUCCUGAAAUUAUUACUCCUCCACCACGUAAGAAUUCAUCUUCAUUUUUAUCAUAACAGCCAGAAAGGAAAGAAAACCUGACGAUAUUACUGAUUUUCCUGAAUAGAAAUUUGUCUUGCUUCCAGAAUCUAUACCAUAUCCUGAAGGUAAGUAUAGACCAGCUUCAGUACCAUAUGUUGCUGGUUUUUAUCCAUAUAAUUGCUAUCUCUAAAAAGGAAAGGUAUGGAUUACUUAAUGAUUAAAUUUCAGAUUUAUUAAUGGUGUUCUUGUGGUAUUUCAUAAUCAAAUCCAUGGUGUGAUGGAAUGUGUAAUGCAUCUGCUACAAGAAAUAGACCAAUUAAAUUUAAUGUCGAUACAUCUGGAUAUUAUAAAUUGUGUAAUUGCAAAUAGAGUGCUAAUGCUCCUUUUUGUAAUGGCACACAUAGGUAAUCACUUAUUCAAUUUUCAGAUAAGUGAUUCGAUAAUAUCAUGCUGGAUUUAGAGGUUUCUAUGAACUAUGGGGAUGGGCUGCCUUUAUGGGGACAACCGGUUUUAUAAUAUGGAAUUUCCACAAUUGAUA